AUGCACGCGGCUCGUAGUUGGCAAAAGACGGAUUUCUUCCGUCACAUACCGAAGGACCUUACGGAGUCCACAACUUCUGGCGCCAUCAUUUCCAUUGCGUGCGUCACUGUCAUGGUUUUGCUGUUUGUUGGGGAGGUUAUCUCUUACGUUUCCCCUCGCAUACAGUCCGACAUGAUUAUCUUACCAGAUCUGGAUGAAACGAGUACCAUCAAGGUUUCCAUGGACAUAACGUUUCCAAAGAUGCCCUGCGCCAUUUUGACUCUGGACAUCCUCGAUGUUCUGCACAACCACAUGUUCAACUCGAUGGACCACAUUACCCGAACCCGCCUUGAUCCCGCAGGGAAGCCGAUCUCCGAUGGGAUAUCUAGUGACCUCUUUGUCAGCGCCGCCGAGGGGUGUCGUCUAGAGGGCUACAUUAAAGUUGGCAAAGUCCCAGGCAAUUUCCACAUCUCGUCCCACGGACGGCAGCAUCUGCUGAUGACGCACUUUCCCAACGGUACUAACGCCGAGCAUAGCAUUCACCACCUGUCCUUUGGUACCCUCGAUGUAAAGAAGCUCGACAAGAAGGCCCAACUCCACCCGCUUGAUGGGAAAGAGCACCGGAGCGAGGUGCCCAAGAUCUAUCAGUACUUCCUCGAUAUUGUGCCUACCAUCUACGAGAGCAGCUUCUCUACCGCCCACACGUACCAGUUUACUGGGACCUCGAGCAGCAGUCCUGUGCCCUCGAGCCAGAUGGCUGCCGUUGUGUUCCAGUAUCAGAUGUCCCCCAUCACAGUGCGUUACUCAUCGGCACGCGUCUCGCUUACCCACUUUCUGACAUACGUCUGCGCUAUCAUCGGCGGCGUCUACACCGUCGCGGGACUACUGUCGCGCUUCGUUCACAGUUCUGCAGCUCAGUUUCAGCGCCGUAUACUAGGCAAGGCAGACUAG